AUGAGCAUAAUUAGUUUUCAAAAUCAUGUUGUCGGAUUGGCCUAUAUAGUCUUGUGGACUAUUUGUCUGUUUGGCAAUGGUUGUGUGAUCUACAUUUUUAUGAAGACCAAAAGCUUGAGAACUCCUACAAACAUGUUUAUCGUAAAUCUGGCAGUAUCAGAUCUAUGCAUGAUGACGACUCAGGGUCCACCUGUAACAUUUAAUGCUUUUGUUCAACGAUACUGGAUGUUUGGAGAAAUAGGAUGCAAAGUGUAUGCUUUGACUGGCGGAGUUUUUGGAACUAUCUCCAUCCUUUCCAUGGUGGUCAUUGGAUACGAUAGAUACAACGUUAUUUGCAAGGGAUUUAGUGGAGUAAAGAUUACUCCCACCAAGGCUGUCGGGAUAAUCCUGUGCUUAUGGUUGUACAGUACUGCAGUGUGUGUUCCACCGUUCUUUGGCUGGGGUGGGUAUGCUGCAGAAGGAACAUUAAUAACCUGCAGCUAUGAUUAUCUUACUCAGGAUUGGAAUCAUAGAAGCUUCAUGCUGUAUGCCUUUAUAUUCAACUACUGUGUACCAAUGAUUAUGGUUAUUUCAUUCUACACUCAGAUUGUUAAGGCAGUGGUUAAGCAUGAAUCUGCCUUGAAAGCUCAAGCUAAAAAGAUGAAUGUUGACUCCCUGAGAUCAGGAGAGCAGCAAGGGGAUUCAGCUGAGAUAAAAAUAUAUUUGCUUUUAGAUCAGGAGAGCAGCAAGGGGAUUCAGCUGAGAGUUGCUAUUACUAACGUGAUGUUAUGGAUAUGUAUAUGGUCCCCUUAUGCCAUUGUAGUUAUGACCGGAUGCUUUGGGAACAUGAAUCUGAUUACACCAAUGGUGGCAGCCUUACCAUCGUUUUUAGCCAAAACUGCCUCCUGCCUGAACCCUCUGGUUUAUGCAAUCUCCCAUCCGAAAUAUAGAGAAGCACUGAGCAAAGAGAUUCCUUGCUUAGGGAUCGGACCAAAGCUUAAAGGGACUGUAUCCAAUUCCAAAGCUUAA